AAAUGAAGAAACAGGCAGAAGUAAUCGUUGCUAUUUGUUAUUAAUUAUUUAGACGACGAUAUUUUGUACGCUUGCACUGGAAGAUCCUCUGUUCAUUCGCAGACAUCAAGCAUGAGUGCAAUGGAGGAAGGAUCUGAGAGCGGAGGUGAAAGUCCUCAGAGAGAUAGCGAUGCAGAAUCAGGACAGAAUUCUCCUUCUUCACCACAGUCUCCUACUUCACCUCGAUCACCAAGUUCUCCUAUGUCACCUAGUUCCCCUAAGUUUUCACAAUCUCGUAGUUCACCUAAAUCCCCAGAGUCUCCUAGUUCUCCUCAAUCUCGGAGCUCUUCCCAGUCACGUAAUUCACCUACAUCACCACCACAUUCACCUGGAUUUCCACGUUCACCGGCAUCUCAGCAAGGAUCAGAUGCUGAAGCUGGCUCUAGAGCUUCUUCUCCCGCAUCAAGACCUUCUUCACCUUAUUCUCCGGGAAGACAGCAAAAUUCAUCACCUCCACAGUCCCCUGCUUCAGGUAUCCGGUCACCUUCUCCCAGUAUCCGGUCACCUUCUCCUGGUAUCCGGUCACCUUCUCCUGAUGUCAGGUCACAAUCUCCAGGUAUCCGUUCACCUUCUCCUGGAAUCCGUUCACCUUCUCCUGGUAUCCGGUCACCUUCUCCGGAUCGCCCGGAUUCGCCAAGAUCUGAACAACAAUCUGGUGAUGAAAAGCAGAAUAGCGGUGAUGAAAGUGAUGGGGAACAUGAGGAUCAUGGAAGUGAGAAUCAAGCAUUAGAUAGGAGUGCUGAAAAAGAUGAGGAGUCUGGUGAUGAGGAUGAAAGACAAAGUGAUGCUGAAAAUUCUGGGCCGGAAGAAAAUAUUCCAGAAAUAAAUAUUGAAAGUGCAGAUGAAAAUGAAUCCGAAAAAGGAGAUGCUUCAGACAAUGAAGCUGCAAACAGUGGGGAUGAGGAUGAACAAGAGAGAAAGGAGAAUGCUACUGUUGCGGAGAGUGAUGAUGAUAGUCCUCAAUCUCCUCCUCAAGAAGAAAAGGAGGGAAAUGAUGAUGAAAUUAAAGCAGCUGGAAAGAAACUAGAUAGUGAUGGUGAAGAUAAUGCUGACUCAGAUAGUGAUGCUGAAAGCGAAGCGUCUGGGGUUGGAGGACUCAUUGCUGAUAUUUUUGGUGAGAGUGAUGAUGAUGAAGAAUUUGAGGGUUUUAAAGAAGAAGAAGUAGCCACUGAAAAACAGGAUAAAGAUGAAGUAGUAAAGACUAAAAAGAAGAGAGCUAAAAUAAUGUCUGAUUCUGAGGAUGAGGAAGAAGUAGAGGUAGACAAAACUGAGGAAGAAAUAGCGGAAGAAAAUGAUGAAGCUCAUGGCAUAAUUGAAGAUGUUGCAGUACCAGCUGCGGCAGAAGAUGAAGGCGAGGGAGAAGGUGAAGAGGAAGAGAUUCAAUCUUCUUCAAAAAAGAAAAAAGUAGAUUCAGAUUCAGAAGAUGAAGAUCGGAAAAUAAGGGAAGACUUUGUGUCUGAUUUUGAUUUAAUGAUGCAAAAGAAGAAAGAUGAAAGCUCUAAAAGAAGGAAAAGGAAAGAUGUUGAUCUUAUCAGUGAUAGUGAUGAUUUAAUCGCAGAAAUUAUUACACAAAUGCGAAUAGCUGCUGAGGAAGACAAGGAAUUAAAUAAACAGAAAAGGACUGCUACAAAAAAGUUAAAAAUUUUACCACUUGUUCUUUCUCAAUUGAAAAAACAAGAUCUGAAAAUGGCUUUUCUUGAUCAAGGAGUUUUAAAUGCAAUUGCUGAAUGGUUGGCUCCUUUGCCUGAUAGAAGUUUACCACAUUAUAACAUUCGUGAAGGUAUGCUGAAGCAACUACAUGAUUUUCCGAAUAUUGAUCAAAGUCUUUUAAAAGCUAGUGGUGUUGGCCGAGCACUUAUGUAUCUUUUUAAACAUCCUAAAGAAACAAAAGAAAAUAGAGAAAGAGCUGGUCGACUGAUUACUGAAUGGGCUAGACCGAUAUUUAAUGUUGCCACUAAUUAUCAUGCCUUAACAAAAGAAGAAAGGGAACAAAGAGAUUAUGACCAUGUGCCAAAAAAACGUAGGAGACCUGGUGAUAAAGGAUGGGUUGGUAGAGCACGUGUUCCUAUGCCUUCUAAUAAAGAUUACGUUAAUAGGCCCAAGUGGAAUGUUGAAAUGGAGUUCGGCAGGGGGCCAUCUAAGAAACCUUUAACUCGUAUCGAGAGGCAUAUGCGGCAGAUGCAGGAUAAGAAGAGAUUACAAAAAUCUCAAAGAGCCGUUACUAUCAGUAUUGAGGGUAGAAAAAUGGCUAUUUGAUAUAUUAAUUAAUUUUCUAAUUAUUGUAAAGUCAGUUUUGUUGUAUAUUUUGUGUUAUUUGUGAAUAAAUUUUAUGUUGUAUACAUA